GCUUCCUUCUCGCUCGCCGUAGUUUGUUCCAAGAUGGCGGCGGCCGGUGACGUGCCGGUCCGGGUUUGCAAUCAGGAGAUUGUCAAAUUCGACCUGGAGAUUAAAGCCGCCGUGCAGGAUAUCCGGGAUUGUACAGGACCUGUAAGUGUACUUGGAGAAUUGAAUGCCAAAGUAAAAGAAAAAUUCCAGCAUGUACGUCUCCGAAUACAAGAACUUGAACAGAUGGCUAAGGAGCAAGAUAAAGAAUCAGAAAAACAAGUAUUACUCCAAGAAGUAGAGAACCAUAAAAAGCAAAUGCUCAGCAAUCAGACAGCCUGGCGUAAGGCAAACCUGGCUUGCAAAAUUGCAAUUGACAAUUCUGAGAAAGAUGAAUUGCUGCGAGGAGGAGAUCCUUUACGACAAAGAAAGUCUACUAAGGAAAACCUGGCAGAGGGGGCAAGUAACAUCACAGAGAGCCUGAUGGGAAUUAGCAGGAUGAUGUCUCAGCAGGUUCAGCAAAGUGAAGAAGCCAUGCAGUCUCUAGUUAAUUCUUCACGAACUAUCUUGGAUGCCAAUGAGGAGUUUAAAUCCAUGUCUGGAACAAUACAGCUGGGGCGAAAGCUUAUUACAAAGUAUAACCGCAGGGAGCUGACUGAUAAAUUGCUCAUCUUUCUUGCCCUUGCCUUGUUUUUGGCCACUGUGCUUUACAUCUUGAAGAAAAGACUAUUUCCAUUUUUGUGAAAGGAGGAAGCGUGACUGUGAGGAAAAAAGAAAGGCAAUAUAUUGCAAAAAGACUUCUGACAGAAGAGCCUUCCGUUAGGCAGAACUUUACAUUGUACUAGUAAGCUACAUGAGCAGCAGAUUAGAACAAGAGGAAAAAGUGUGCUUGUUUGCUCUGAGGCUGGAAGGCUGUAUCAUUUGUCAUAUUCUGUGAGGCAUAUUCCAACAUCCCCCAUCUUUGGCCAUUUCUACUCCUUUUCUCAGUUCAGUACAGAACUGAGAGGACUGGAAGAAUACUAAUACAAAUAAACCUAUAUUAGAUAUAUUGUAUAUUAUACCAUGUGAAUGCCAGUACUGUGAAAAUUUUAUAAAUUAAAUGAAGCAAAGUGUAUAAGCCUUAUUACUGGUUCUUUUUAAAUUAUAAAAAUGAACUUUUCCUCAAAUUGUCUCCAGAAAAAGCAAUGAGGCAAAUCCCCAAAUGUCUUUUUAAUUGAUAGGUCUAUAUUAUUUGUUUAUAUGUUUCUCUUGCCAGUGUUAUUUAGACAGAUUCCUUUGAUUCAUCCCAGAUUCUAGCUCUGUCUUGGGUAGGGAGACCAUUUGGAUGGCUGGGCCAAUUAAUCCGUCUCAGAUCUAGAUUUCUUCCGGGUAAUCAAAAAAUUUCUCUGCCAACUGUACUGGACCAGUGUACUAGAUUAUAUCCUUGGUCUUCAAAAAGAGGACUACAUCCUACACUGGAUUGAUUCAGCUUGAUUGUAUUACACUAAAUGUUUGUUACUGAAUUGAAGGAAGUAAAAAAAAUGGUAAAUAUAUUUUCCUCAUUUCUACUGGAUAGAGGGCAGAUGAUAGAUCAUUGUUCAUGAUUAUAGACAGGUAAAAAUUACUUUAGUUUAUAAGCCACUUUUGAAAUCUUUUAUCUGUAAACGGUCCAGAGUCGCUCUAUGAGUGAGCUGGGUGAUAUCUAAAUUUGAUAAAUAAAUAAAUCUUGCCAAGAAGACUCCAAGGACUUGUACAGGCAAUUGCCGGGAAGCGAACACUGACUAGAAGGCCUGUAUGUGCACAAACACAUUGAGAACCAGACUGAUUUUGUGCAUAUGCCACAAAAUGGCACUGUGAUUUUGUGCAUAUGCCACAAGAUGGCACUAAAGGACCAUAUCUUUUAAAAUAACAGACUGCUCUUUAAUUUGCAGCCUUUGAAUAGGCAUCUAUUCAAAAUAAUAGUGUUGCCUUGGCUUAAAGCAUAAAAUGCUAGACAAGAGGGGAGUCAAAGAAGCAAACUGCACUUGAAAAAAAAAAUUACUGAUCCAGCUCUGGUAUCUUUUGCACUAAUACUUAUAUUUAGCUCUCUUAUUAAAUUGGCAUUUAUUUCAAUCUUACAAGCAAAAGAACUAAAUAAACAUUGUUAUUUGUUUACGUG